AUGCCGCUGACGCAACCCCUGUGCAGGCUUCGUCCUCUCCACUUAAGAGUCUCUCUCGGAUCUCUAGCCCAGCGGCGUGUAAUUACAUCCGCUCCUUUAUUAAAAAAGUCUUCCUUUUUCUUUCACUCCAGACCUCGUUCCCUCCCUCCAACCUCGCUCGCUAUGACCCAAACUAGAGACCAUGGGGGCCAUGGCCAUGGUCACCAUCACCACCACGAUACUACCUACCUUACCUCUACAAACAAAAGCGACGCCGGUGUUCGCAUUACGCGUAUUGGUCUUGUCGCCAACUUAUGCAUGGCAAUUGGAAAAUUCAUUGGCGGCUAUGUCUUUCACUCUCAAGCCCUCAUCGCCGACGCCUACCACGCGCUCACGGAUCUCGUUUCUGACUUUAUGACCUUGGGUACCGUUGCCUGGUCCCUCAAACCCCCGAGCGAACGAUUCCCGAACGGAUAUGGAAAGAUCGAGAGUAUUGGUGCGCUGGGAGUUAGUGGGCUUCUACUUUGUGGAGGAGUGUUUAUGGGUCUCAAUGCAGGACAGGUCUUGCUGGCUCAGUUCUACCCCGACGUGGCCGAAACGAUAGCCCACUCUGGACUGCUGGGUCAUGGUCAUUCACAUAGUCAUGGGCCAAUUGGUCCUAGUGUCCAUGCCGCGUGGAUCGCAGCGGGCUCGAUUGUGGUCAAGGAGUGGCUCUACCGUGCCACUAUGAAGGUCGCCGAAGAGCGCAAGUCAUCCGUGCUUGCAUCCAAUGCCGUUCACCACCGCGUCGAUUCCUUGACGAGUAUCGUCGCCCUUUUUACAAUCGGGGGAAGCUAUGUUUUCCAAGACGCCACCUGGCUGGAUCCAGUUGGCGGACUUCUGAUUUCCCUGAUGGUCAUCAAAGCCGGCUGGGGCAACACAUGUACUUCUCUUUUGGAAUUGGCGGACACCACGGUUGAUGAGGAAAUUCGGCACUCGGUCAAGGAUGCCGCUUCCAAGGCCAUGAAGGAUAUCGAGGAUGGACACGAAGUGAUUGUUCGCGACGUGCAGGGCAUGAAAUCGGGUCAGAACUAUUUGAUGGACAUUGAGUUGGCUGUGCCGGGCGCCUGGGCUAUUAGCCGGUCGCGACACAUCGAAGAGGUCAUUCGCAAUGCCGUUGGAUCUGAGGUUCGUGGCGUGAAGCGCAUCAAGGUUCGCUUCAUUCCAGCAGAACUUCAGGAACUCACAUUCUCUGAUGAGUUCAUCACACAAGAUGUCGGCGGUGACCCGGAGACACGGUCGACUGUCCGGAAGCAACAAUAG